CCUAGUUUAUGCAAUUUUACAUAUCCUUUCUUCCUUCGUUUUCUCUUUGCCGUUCUUCGCCACCAGCGACUGUGAGCUCUUUCAGUUUAUCAAUUCUUUCCUCUAUCUUCGAUCUGAUCACUACUAUCAGCCAUGUCGAAGAGAAAGAACAGAGAGCCAAAGGAAGAAACCGUGACUCUUGGCCCUGCUAUUCGUGAGGGAGAACUUGUUUUUGGUGUCGCACACAUCUUCGCAUCUUUUAAUGAUACGUUCAUUCAUGUGACAGAUUUGUCUGGACGAGAAACACUUGUUCGCAUCACUGGAGGCAUGAAAGUGAAAGCUGACAGAGAUGAAUCGUCUCCAUACGCUGCUAUGCUUGCAGCUCAAGAUGUUUCUGUUCGAUGCAAGGAACUUGGCAUCACUGCUCUUCAUAUAAAGCUGAGGGCAACUGGAGGAAACAAGACCAAGACCCCUGGCCCUGGUGCUCAGUCUGCUUUGAGAGCCCUUGCCCGUUCUGGCAUGAAAAUUGGUCGCAUUGAGGAUGUUACUCCAAUUCCAACCGACAGUACUCGCAGAAAGGGUGGAAGGAGAGGAAGGAGGCUAUAAAUCUGUGUGGACUCUUUUCUAUCUAUGUUCAAGCACCAUUUUCAGUUUAUUUUAGUUCGAAACAUUUUGCAACUUAAGAUUAUUUCACUUUCAUUUUUAAUCGCCAGAUUAUUGGAUUUUUUGGGAAACUAUUCUUAACUAGUCUUGAACAACCUUGAGCUAGCUGCUGCCAGUUUUUUUAUUUCAGAUUGAAACAACACUUUUCUGUUAGAUUUAUGCAUUUGUGAUGAUUCUCAUAUUCUGGUCA